GGGGCGGCGUCCGCGUUCCGCGAUGCUGCCGGCGGUGGCGGUGGCGGUCGCGGCGGUGGUGGCAGUGGCCGUGACCAUGGCUGUGGCCGUGGCUGUCCCCGCCGUGCGGCACCGCCUCGUCCGCUCCGCGCUGCGCAGCGCCGGGGACCGGUACCGGCGGCGGCUGGAGGCGCUGGGCAGCGAUGUGCGGCUGAGCCAGGAGCGGCGGCUGCGGCGGCUGCUGGGCACCGGCACCGGCACCGGGAUGGCCGGCGGCUCGGAGGAGUUCCAGGAGMGGCAUCCCCUGGGGCAGCCCUGUCGAGACGGAGCGCCGGGGGAUCCGGUUCCCCCGCUGCACCUCCGGGCUCUGCUCCGCGGCUGCUGGGACACCGACCCUCCGCUGCAGGGCUCCCUGCUCUACCUGGAUGCGCUCGGCGCCGCCUUCCCGCGGGCACUGACCCKCCGGGGCACGGCCCUGCUGCACUGGACCCCUGGCUGUCCCCUCGCYCCGGCGGGGUGGCCGCUGCCCACCCUGUACUGCACUCCGGCCCUUGCGGGCACGCUGCUCUCUCGGGCCGCCGCGCUGCGGGUGCAGCUGCUCUUUGCGCUGAGGCAGCRGGCGCUGCGCGUUCUGGAAGCCGGGCUGGCAGCCGAGCUGCACGACGCGCUGCUGGCCCUGCGCACCGAGUGGCCCCAGCUGGCCCAGGAGCUGGCGCUGGGCAGGCUGAGCCCCCAGCCCGGGCUGCCCGAGGAGGUGCGGGAGCGGCUGCAGGCAUUGCUGAGCCCUGAUGCUGCCCGGGCAGCGGAGCUCCGCGCCGAGUGCGCCCGUGGCUUUGAGGGCAUCGCKCUGCGUCUGUGGCCGCAGCUGGAGGCGGUGGUGGUGAGGACGGYGCACGGAGCAGAGCGGCUCUACUGCGACUCCCUGCGCCAGGGGGACUGCCAGGGGCUGCCCUUCUACUGCCCCUUCUACCGGGCGGCAGGAUCCCUCCUCGGUGUAAACCUGUGGCCAGGGGAGCCAACACCCCGAUUCCUGCUGUGCCCUGACUGGGCUUUCUACGAGUUCCUKCCCUGCCCAGCCAGCAAGGAGCCACGGACAGCGCUGCUGGAUGAGCUCUGGGACAGCCGCGAGUAUGGGCUGGUUGUGACAGCCCAGCCAGGAGAGUACAGGUGCCGUACCGGGGAGGUGCUGAGGGUGGCCGGCUUCCACAAGCAGUGUCCCGUGGUGGAACCCGUGCGCAGUGAGAGCCAGACGCUGAGCGUGCGAGGCGAGAGCAUCCCUGAGGAGCAGUUCUGCCAGAGCCUGUGCCGCACCUUGAAAAUGUGGCCGGGUGCUCGCCUGAUUGACUACGUCUGUGCAGAGAGCAGCCUGCUGGGUGACUCUUCAGGGCCCUGUGCCCCCCACUACGAGGUGUUCAUGGAGCUGCAGGGCCUGCGGGAUCUGUCAGAGGGGCAGCGCUACAAGCUGGACCAGUGUCUCCAGGAGGAUUUCCCYGUCUACAAAUCUUUCCGCUUCAAGGGCAGCAUUGGGCCCCUGCGCCUGCACCUGGUGAGGCCUGGGAGCUUCACCCGGCUGCGGGAAGCGCUGGGCUCACCCCUGCCCAUGCCCAGGGUGCUGCGCCAAGAGCAGCUGCUGCGGCUCCUGCAGGGAUCAGUCAUCUCCUAGGGCAGCCUGGGAGCCCACAGCCCUUCCAUCCUCAGGCUGGGCAUCAUCUGGGGCAGGAGGGGAUGAGAGUGYCCAGCCCCAAGGGUUUGGCUGAGUGGAGCAGAUGGAGGCGGCGAGCUUGACCGUGAUCUGUGGCAGCAGCAGCACCCCUCAAUGCUGCCAUGGGGAUGGAGCAGGAGUUUGGAAGCAUCACAGGACAGUGGGGUCCUGCAGCUGCAGCACCCCCCUUACUCAGUGCCUUGGCAGCACCUGGAGCAGGUGCCCAUGCCUCUCCCAAGGGACACCUCGGCCAUCACAACCCAUGGCUGAGGCAGAGGGCACAGUGGAAACCUCUGCAGGAGCAGGAGGAGCAGAAGAGCCAUCACUGGAGCACUGGGGCCCUGUGGCAGUUUGUCCCCUGGCAGGGACACUGCAGGCAGGGCUCAGGUGGCUGCUGGUGGCAGGUGCCACAGAGCAUCCCCAGCCGGGCUCCAGUGCAUGGCCACUGGUGUAAGAAUAAGCUCCAGUGAGGGCUGCUUUUAAUAUUUUUAAAACCAGAUGCAAAAUAAAGGAGGAUUAUCUCUUAAAAAUAAAUAAAGGACCAUA